AUGGCUACCUACGCCAUCCUCGGCAGCACCGGUAACUGCGGCUCCGCCAUUAUCCAGAACCUCCUCCAGUCACCCCAGAACAAGAUCCACGCCUACUGCCGCAACAAAGCCAAGCUGCACCGUCUGCUCCCCCAAGUCGUCGACAACAAGCAGGUGCGCGUGUUCGAAGGCAGCAUCUACGAUGUCGAGCUCCUGGCCGACUGCGUGCGCGGCACCAAAGCCGUGUUCCUGGUGGUGACGACCAACGACAACAUCCCCGGGUGCCGGCUCAGCCAGGACAGCGCCGCGGCCGUGAUCCAGGCGCUGCAGAAGAUCAAGGCCGAAUCCGGCGCGGGAGUCAAGCUGCCCAAGCUGCUCCUGCUCAGCUCCGCAACCAUCGACGACCACCUCUCGCGCGACAUGCCCGCUUGGCUCCGCCCCAUCUUGCUCGCCUCGGCCUCGAACGUCUACGCAGACCUCCAGCGCACCGAGGAGUUCCUGCGCUCCCAUGCCGACUGGGUCUCCACCAUCUUCAUCAAGCCCGCGGGCUUGUCCCCGGAUAUCUCGCGUGGCCAUAGGCUGACGCUCGACGAGGAGGAGAGCUUUAUUAGCUAUCUCGAUCUCUCGGCAGGCAUGAUCGAGGCGGCAAAUGAUGACGAGGGGCGUUAUGAUGGGAGGAAUGUCGGCGUGGUGAACAAGACGCGCGGGGUCGGGGCCAAAUUUCCGAGAGGGACCCCUAUGUGUAUUUUGAUGGGGUUGAUGAGGCAUCUUUUUCCCUGGUUACAUCCUUACUUGCCGUCGACGGGGCCUGCCUAG